GUCUAUUCGUAACGCGCGUGAUCGUAAAGUGGACGUGCCGGCGGUGUUGUUAUGUCUAUCUCAUUGGUGAGUGACCGUUGGGCCAUGUGACAUUUUGAAAAUUUCGUCCGUUAACGCUGUUUUAUUUAUACACUUGACCAUCACUGCUGCAGUAGACUUUGCGGAAGUGUGAUCGCAGUGCGAGGCUAUUUUUAUUUUGUCCAGUAAACAAAUCGCAUUCCAGUUCGGAAGCCAACCCCUCGUUUAGUAGUGUACACUGGACAUCGCGGCUGCGCUAUCCGUCGAUUUACAACAUAGACAAAAAAUUCUGUGAACACGGCCAAGAGGUCAGUCGCCUCUUAGUGUACGUUGCGUUAUCGUCGGAAGCACUUUAGUCGCUUAUCCUUUUAGUGUAGCUCAUCGUAUUUUUACCAAGGCAGUUGAGCGGGAAAUGGAAAGGAUUCAAUACCUGUCCGGAUCGUUCGACGGCCUGUCCAGUAACACUGGACACCAUUACUUCAAAAGCUCAUUCGCUAAAUCUAUGGCAUUUGAGACAGCCAAAUCGCUCAACUUCGAAUUGGAUACAGUUGGCGAUUGCGAUCAUCAGAUGACCGAAAAAUGUUCUCCAAGCUCAAACCACAGAUGUAGUGAUAGUGAUGGAUCUUUCGAGUUUAUUAAAAAUGAAUACAGAAACUUACAAAGAUUGUACGAUGAUUUGAGUGCCAAAUACGACAAACUGAAGCGGAAAGAAGAAGUUAACGACCAGCAGAACCAAGAGGAAGCUCCUUGCAUCGAGUUGACUCUGGCAAAAUCCCAAGUAGAAACACUACAGUGGCAACUAAAACAGGUCGAAUCGAGCAAUCAAAUGUAUAAAGCUGUUUUAGAACAAGUUUCAAAAUUUUUAGAAAAAGCUCACACGUCAUUGAAUACCAUAGUUCCCGACAGACCUAAUUUGCCAAUUAAAAAUAGGAGAUUUUCGUUAAAAAGCAGCCGAGAGGAACACACUGAAAAACUAUCGUUAGAGGCUUAUAGGUUGUACCGUACUGUUCAAUCGAUUAUUCAGACCAAAGAACCCGACCUAGUCCAACAUCUUCAACCUUGUUAUAGUAGCUUGUUUGAUAAAAACAGUAAUUUAUCGACUUGCAGCUGCGAUUCUUUACCUACUGUGUGCAAUAACAUGAAAUGCUUAGAAAUCUCUAGUGACAGUUCGAAUCAUAGUGAAUCUUUUACUAAAAAUUCAGACUUUUGCAAAAAAGACAUUAUUAUACAAAAGAGCAGUAUAGCCGUUGAAGAUGAAAGCGGAUUUUCAUCGAUAAGCUCACAUGAUAACAAUAGUUCUCCUACUUAUCCCGAAUUAGGAUUGCCACCACGUCGAAUACCAGUUGAUAAGUUUACGAGACGCUGGUCGAGUGUCUCCAGUACGCCCAUCAGUCAGUCGUUUAAUUACCAUACGACUGGAGGUUCAAACACAUCGACACCCAUAAAAGUUUGUUGGGUUUAAAUGACUAAUAUAUGUGUACAGUUAACAAGACGUAUAUUCGUGAAAGACUUGAGUAUUAGUAAUUUAUUUUUAUUUAUCGUUUUUUUAGUAGAAUUAAUAAUAUUGUAUACAUCUAUUAUUAUAUAUGUGUUGUUUAUUAACUUGUCAAAAUUAUUGACAUUAUUUGACAAUGUUUUAAGCGACUA